AGAAAUUCACGGCCGUAAAACUUAAAAAAAAAGUACAAAAAUGUCUGAUUCGGAAGACGAUAUUUCAGAGAUAAAUAAUUUUAAAGAAAUCCAAGCGGAAAUUGAAAAAUGCAAGAGGAACCCGGAAACAUCUGGCAUGUUUGUUUCAGGGUGGGAUGACGCUGAUCAAGAUGUAGAUGUUGUAAAGAAUCCAAAAGCAAACCCUGUUGAUCAUGUGCUUUGGGCUGCUGAAAAUGGUGAAGUAGACACUCUGAAAGACUUAUUAACUAAUCAACCUGGCCUUGUACAUGCUCGAGAUUCAGAUGGCUACACACCACUUCACCGUGCUGCCUAUGGAAACCACACCUCUACAAUUUCUAUGUUGUUAAGUCUAGGUGCAAACAUUCAUUCCAAAACUGAACUUGGAUGGACACCUUUACAUUCUGCUUGUAACUGGAAUAAUUACAAGGCUGCUGCAAGACUAUUGGCUGCAGGGGCUGAUCCAAAUGCAGUUUCAGAUGGAGAACAGACACCGAUGCAUUUGGCUGCUGCUAUUAGCCAUUGUAAAUCGACUUUACUCAUUUUACUGUUUCGGGAAGACACAAUGGAAAUUGCAGACAAACCUAACAAUUCAGACGAGAAUCCAAAAGAACUCGCCCUGGGUCAUGGAAUAUAUGGACCGAUAUUUGAGAUGGGAAGAAUGCAAACGCUCCAUUUGUCGCACUGCGCGGUUACCUGGUUGGACAGCGGCCCACCGUUGUGCAAACUGAUAGCACAAAUGAGCUGCGGCUACUUGAUCUGCCCCACGAGCACAGCCUUGUAG